GGCUGCCUCACGAUGUUUCCAUGGCCUUCUCCGGGGGCCCCUCGUUUCAAUUGCCCGUCUGGUGGCGCUAGGAGUGCCACGCCCGCCGUGCCUCCCUUCGCGGACGAGAUGCCCCAAUUGACGGGCCCCGUGCCCAACGCGCGCGACCCCGCCUGCCAACGCCGGGCCGCGAGCCCAUCCUUCACCCUGAGGUCCGACACGAGGAACAGUUGGCGGGUCAGCCGCUCUGCGCACCCAACCAAAGCCAACUGUGACGCCCGCCCAAGCUCGACUUCGCCCGUCCGCCGUGACACUGCGCGCUCGUCCUUCUCGGCCCACACCGUCUUCAGCGUGCGCGUUGUUCUCCUAGUGCUUGUCCUCCAGCUGCUAGCCCCGCGCCUCCCUCACGAGAUCCUGCGCCUUUUCACCACAAAGCAGCAUUGGCACGUUACAUCGCCGGACGUCACUCCCCGCGAGCCCCUCCUCUUUAAAGAGCCUCCGGUCUGCCCGAAGCCGUCCCCGAGAGUCGAAUCCGCUGGCACAUUCAACACGGACACUGAGCGCAGCAUGGCGUUAGCAGAGCAGGCUAAGCGCGUCGCCGCAGAGUUUGAGUUUGGGCCCGAGGCCGUCAACAAGGCCGUCAAGGAGUUCAUACGGGAAAUGCAUGAGGGCCUUCAGAAGUAUGGAACCGAGCUGAGCCAGAUCCCGACCUACGUCACCGCGGUGCCGAACGGAACUGAGAAGGGCCUCUACAUGGCCGUCGACCUCGGCGGCACCAACUUCCGCGUCUGCUCGAUCCAAUUGCACGGCAACACCACCUUCUCCCUCACCCAGAGCAAGGUCAAGAUACCAAACGAGCUCAUGGUUGCGAAGACGGCCAAAGAGCUCUUCGCCUUCCUCGCCAAGCAGAUCGAGAACUUCCUCAAGACACACCACGGGGAGCACUACGGCGCCACACUCAAGCGCCGCCAGACUGGAGGCAACAUCAAGGAGGAUGAGAUAUUCAACCUGGGUUUCACCUUCUCGUUUCCGGUGCAGCAAAUCGGCAUCAACAAAGGCUUGCUCAUGCGCUGGACUAAGGGCUUCGAUAUCGCGGAUGCCGUUGGAAAGGACGUGUGCGCCCUGCUCCAGGCGGAGAUUGAUGCGCUGCAUCUUCCGGUCCGCGUAGCCGCUUUGGUCAACGACACAGUGGGAACCCUCAUGGCGCGCUCGUACACCUCGCCUGGCAAGACCGGAACUCUGCUCGGUGCCAUCUUCGGAACCGGAACCAACGGCGCGUACGUUGAGAAGCUGGACAAGGUGAAGAAACUGCUACAGAAUCAGGACGCCGGAGAGUACGACAAGUCAACUGGCGACAUGAUCGUCAACACCGAAUGGGGCUCGUUCGACAACUCUCUACGGACUCUUCCAAACACACCCUACGAUAUCGAACUCGACGCCAAGUCUGUCAAUCCUGGUAUUCAGAUGUUUGAGAAGCGCGUGUCCGGCAUGUUCCUCGGAGAGCUCCUGCGUCUCGCGCUCGUUGGCCUGCUCAAGGACCCUUCGUUCCCCCUGUUCAGGGAUGAGAACUCAGCGCAGAACGACGUCCAUAGCACCACGCAGAUCUACGAAAGCAGCCCGAUAUGGGAGCAAUGGGGCAUUGACACCAGCUUCUUAAGUAUUUGCGCCGGCGACAACAGCCCAGGGCAUAGGAUGCUGCGGCAGACCUUGGACAAGGAUUACGGUAUCUCAGCCGUGAGCGCCGAAGACGCAGAAGCAGUGCGGGAGAUCGCAGGCGCUAUAGGUCGUCGCGCAGCUCGUCUCUCCGCGGUCCCUAUUGCAGCUAUCGUCCUAGAAACCGAUCGCCUAAAGGGCCCGACGGGAACCGCAACGACAGAAAAGAAGGAAGGUAUCGAGCCGGCGCGAGGCAGCGCGGAUCUGGCAGAGGAGGACAUCAUCGAUAUCGGCGUUGACGGCUCACUGGUAGAAUUCUACCCCAACUUUGAAGACCACAUUAGGCAGGCGCUGCGGGAGAUAGAGGGUAUUGGAGAGGAAGGAGAGAGGAAGAUUAGGAUUGGUAUUGCGAAGGAUGGUUCGGGUGUCGGUGCAGCGCUGAUUGCGCUUGUAGCGGGGAGGGUAGUAGCGAGCACGGAGGAGAGUGACUAGAGG